AAAAUAAAAAAUAAUAUCCAUCCGUUGGGCAUUAUUGGAUAGGAGUGGAGUCUGGAGAGUAGUGGUAGUGGAGAGGUAGCCCACGCUCCCCCACUCGCAGAAGGAUGUCGUGGAGUCCACGCGCAGACCCACAGUCUACGCUUUUGACGGGUCAGAUUUCUUGCCUUUACUGUUUCUGCCAUUUUCUUUCCCCGCAUUAAAAGCUACGCUAUCGAUUAGCCUAUCCCUACUCUUUCUUCUAUAUCGUAAUCGGCCCGGCGGUUUUUCGCCACUAUCUGGUCGGCGGCGCGUGCAACGUGUUCCCGGCGGACGGCCUGGAAAUGGGUCAGGCUGCUUCCACGCAGGGCAAUUGCCCCGGCGGUUCCAGUCGUUUUCGAAACCCUAAUCUCGAACUUUACCAAUUUCGGUGCUCAAGCAACGGCGCGGAGGAAUUUCGCGUCGACUCACCGCGGGACUACACGGCGGAGAUCCCGGACGAGUGUUUGGCUCUGAUAUUCCAAUCUCUGAGCUCCGGCGAUCGGAAGAGCUGCUCCUUGGUCUGCCGCAGAUGGUUAUCGGUGGAGGGGCAGAGUCGGUACCGCCUCGCGCUCAACGCGUCGGCCGACGUCGCCGUUCAUCUGUCGAAAGUGUUUUUGCGGUUCGAUUCCGUCACGAAACUCGCCCUUCGCUGCGACCGCAAGUCGGUCAGCUUAAACGACGACGAUUUGUUGUUUAUCUCCCUCCGUUGCCAUAACCUAACCCGCCUUAAGCUCCGGGGGUGCCGCGAAAUCACCGACGUCGGUAUGUAUUCUCUCGCCACAAACUGUAAAUCUCUGCGUAAAUUUUCGUGCGGAUCGUGUAUGUUUGGGGCCAAAGGCAUGAACGCACUUCUCAAUAACUGUUCCUCGUUGGAGGAGCUCUCCGUUAAGCGUUUACGCGGCAUAAACGACGGGUUUGCGGCGGAACCGAUUGGUCCUGGGACGGCGUCGUCGUCUCUGAAGUCAAUAACGCUCAAGGAACUCUACAACGGGCAGUGCUUUGGGCCUCUGAUUAUCGGAUCGAAGGAUUUGAAAACUCUGAAGAUCUUGAGGUGUUUGGGAGAUUGGGAUAGGUUAUUGGAGACAGUUACCAAGGGGAAGAAUUGCCUGACAGAGAUUCACUUGGAGAGGUUGCAGGUGAGCGAUUUGGGGCUAAUUGCUAUUUCAAAGUGCCUGAAUUUGGAGGUUUUUCACUUGGUGAAGGCUCCCGAUUGCUCGAAUGAUGGGAUUUUCGCCAUUGCUGAGAAUUGUAAGCUGUUAAGAAAGCUUCAUAUCGAUGGGUGGAGGACAAAUAGGAUGGGUGAUGAUGCAUUGAUUGCCGUUGCCCAGAACAGUAUGAAUCUUGUGGAAUUGGUGCUGAUUGGGGUGAACUUGAGCUCGGUAAGUUUGUCGGAAAUGGCAUCGAAUUGUCAGAAGUUGGAAAGACUGGCGCUUUGUGGGAGCGAAACCAUUGGUGACGAUGAGAUUUCGUGUGUUGCGACUAAAUGCAAAGCAUUGAAGAAGCUCUGUAUAAAGGGGUGCCGUGUGACGGAUGCUGGGAUUGAGGCAUUUGCUUUUGGGUGCCCGAAUUUGGUGAAGAUUAAAGUCAAGAAGUGCCGAGGCGUGACGAGUGAUGUUGCGGACUGGUUGCGGGCGAGGAGGGUGUCGUUGUCGGUGAAUUUGGAUGCUGACGAGAUUGAAGCGGAGGCGUUGGAUUUGAGCACGAGCGACGGGGGAGUACAGGAUGACGUAGCGGCGUUCCCUCCGAUAGUAAGUGAUUUAAGUGGUAGUAUUCGAGAUGUUGCUGCUGAGUUUGAUGCACCAUCGACGAGUAAUGGUGGCCGUUUGCCUGUUAAAUCGAGGUUUAGCCUUUUCACGGGGAGGAAUCUAAUGGCGUGUGCUUUUCGAAGGUUAUCAAAUGCGAAUGGCAAUUCAAAUAACACCUUAUGAAAAUGGGAUCUUUGAUUACUUUAUGAAUUGCGCCAUCCUUUUGUUUGAACUUUCGCUGUAUUGUCUUGUGAAUCGUUUCGCGUAUUGGUUGAAAUCAAGAAUCUGCUAUUUGCCUUGUUC